GUGGCGGUAAUGCACCUGUUUGCGUUGGUGCCUGCAGCCGCCGUUUAAAACCAAGAGGAAGAAGAAUGGCGCGUCGCCCUGCUGAAUCUGGUUAAGCUGAAUAAAGAAAAACUCACUGCAAGUAAAGAUGGCUUUUAUUAAAGAGGAGAGUGAAGAUGUGAGGAUUGAAGAAACAUUCAGAGUCAAACAUGAAGAUACUGAGGAACAAACAGACUUGAUGCUUCUGAAAGAGGAGAAUAAAAUGGAAGAAGAUCAGUAUGAGAAACAUCAUGAUUUUAUUACUGGAGAAAAAUCUUUUAGUUGCUCACAGACUGAGAAGACCUCACUUAAAAGAAAUCAGAAGACAGGAACAAGAAGUUCUUCCACUUGUCAAGAGUGUGGAAAAAGUUUCAGUCGAAAAGGAAGCCUUAACAUUCACAUGCGAAUUCACACUGGAGAGAAUCCUUUCACCUGCCAACAGUGUGGAAAAAGUUUCACUCAAAAAGGAAGCCUUAAAAUUCACAUGCGAAUUCACACUGGAGAGAAUCCUUUCACCUGCCAACAGUGUGGGAAAAGUUUCACUCAGAGAGGAAGCCUUAAAAUUCACAUGCGAAUUCACACUGGAGAGAGCCCUUACACUUGCACGGAGUGUGGAAAAAGUUUCAUUAGAAGAGGAAGCCUUAAAAGUCACAUGACAAUUCACACUGGAGAGAAGCCUUACACAUGCCCUCAAUGUGAAAAGUGUUUUACACGUAAAGCAACACUAAAUGCCCACAUGAAAAUUCACACUGGAAACAGUCCUUACACCUGCAAACAGUGCGGGAAGACCUUCUCACAAAAAGGAAAUCUUAAGACUCACAUGAGAAUUCACAAUGGAGAGAGGCCGUACAUAUGUGGUCAAUGUGGAAAGAGAUUCAGAAGUAAAGUGAACCUGAAUUACCACAUAAGGAUCCACUCAAGAAAGAACUGUUUUAUAUGUCAUCAGUGUGGAAGAAGUUUCACAGUGAGGAAGCUCUUUAAGAAACAUGUAAUAACUCACUCAGGGGAGAAGCCAUUCUCAUGUCUUAAGUGUGAAAAGAAAUUUACAUAUCAAAAAGACCUGAAACGUCAUUUGCAGUCUCAUUAUGGAAAGAAAGUGCAGCAUUCUGAAUGUGAUCAAAUGUUUAAAAAAAGGAGCAAUUGUAAAAAUAAUUUGCACAUUCACUCUAGAGGAAGGCCAUUUAAAUGUGAUCAGUGUAACAAAAAAUUCAUUUUGCCAUCACUUUUACAGAUACACCUGAAAAGUCAUGCAUAUGUUAAACCCCAUUUGUGUUCUUUGUGUGGGAAGAGUUUUAAAUGGCUCAGCAAUUUUAAAUGGCACCAGAAAAUACGUAUCUGUAUGAAAUAAAUGGAACUAUAACACCUGCAGCCGAUUGUGGGCCAAAUCUGAUUUUGCACCUUUGUGAUCAUUUGCAUUAGUCACCUGUUAAGGAGACUUGGAGAUAUUUAUUUUCUUGUCAGAUUAGAUCAGAUUAGAUUUAACUUUAUUGUCAUUAUGCAGAGUACAAGUACAGAGCUAAUUUGUCAAAUACAUAUUUCUUGUAUAUAUGAACUCCUGUAUUCAUUGCUGAGUCUUUAUUGUUUCAAAUAUUGAGAUAAUGUAGAAGGCACCCUCUAAUUUCAAACUGUAUGGUUGCAUUGCUUAAUUUCAUGUAAUAAAAACUCAGAAUCAAAAUAUUA